AUAAAUUGGGGGUUAGCAUCCUACGCUUCCCCACCACCCAAACCAAAACUGCGAACUUCCAACACUUCUUUCUUUCUAAUUUCCUAGCAGCCCAGCCCAUAAAUCAAAAAGAAAAAUGACAGGGUAAGAAAUCGGCUUCUGAGAUGGCGAGGAAUGAAGACGGAGGAGAAGGUGGAAGCGGAGGAGAGAAUGCGGCGGUGCCUCGACUUUCGUCCAGCGGCCGGCUGAGUUCUCGACCGGACCCGUUCUUGGUGGUGUGUAGAUGCUUUAGCUUCGUUACUGCUGUAACCGCCCUUCUGUGCGUCGCUGUCAACAUUCUCUCCGCCGUUCGCUCCUUUAAGGACGGAUCCGAUAUAUUCGAUGGAAUCUUCAGGUGUUACGCGGUGGUAAUUGCGUUUGUCGUGAUCUUAGCGGAGACGGAAUGGGGAUUCAUUUUCAAGUUCUGGAAGGUCCUAGAGUAUUGGGCAGGCAGGGGCAUGCUGCAAAUCUUGUAUGUCUCAUUUUUACAGUUGACGCACUUUGGUUUUGUCUUCAGUGUUGCAGUUAUGACGAGGGCUUUUCCUAACCAUCGGAACCCCACGGAGCUUAUUCUUCUUCAAAAUAUAGCAAGCUACAUUCUCAUUGGUUGUGGUGCAGUCUAUCUUGUUUCGGGAAUUCUUUGUAUUGGCUUGCUCAAACGUGUUCGGCAGCAGAGGGAACUAACGAGGGAACAAACGAGGGAACAGGCAACCAAAGAUUUGGAGGAUUUGGAGAGGAGAAGAGAGGAACUUGAACAGUUACUAAUGGCAGAAAGGGUUUGACACAAUAAUUGCAAGUAUUGCUAUUUGGGUUGACGCUUAAGUUGGGAACAUGUUGCGAAAAACAUGCACAUGCUGUUGCUGUCUGUUUUUUUGUUGUCAUACGUUCGUUCUUUUCUUGCACAGUCUGCAUUUCCUUUCCUUUCUCAAGUAGUACUUACACAGUUAUACUAGUGUCUUGACUAGAAAAAUCAUUGGUUAGAAGUUCUCAAAUGUGCCCUCAAAUGUGCAACUUGAUUAGGAGUAAAUUCCAAGUUUGGUUACUGGGUGUGUACUAAAACGUGUCAUGUUUAGUCAUUGGAAAAAAUUAAUAUCAAUUUUGGUCACUAAGAUUAGUUUAACGGUACAAGUUUGGUCACUCUCCGUUCUCCGUUCAACUCCGUUAAUGAAGUCCGUUAAGUGUUGACCAAACUUGGAUUGUUACUCUGUAAGAGGGUCGAGAUGACGCAACGGGUCUUGAUGAUGUGGAGGGUUGAGUUUAGUAUUUUUUUGUGUUAAAUUUGACUGACUAGGAAAGACCAAACUUGGACUGUUAAACUAAUCUUAGAGACUAAAAUUUAUAUUUGUUUCCAGUGACUUAACAUAACUCGUUUGGUUAAAUCUAGUGACCAAACUUGAAAUUUACCCUGAUUAGAAGUUCUUCGUGUAAAAUGCCAUUUGACAUUUUUGAUAGGUCAAGUGUCAAGCAAG